AUGUUGGUCCACCUCUGGCUUCUCUGUGGUCUGAGUGCUGUUGUGACCCCUCAGGAUGUCACACAACAAGCCCAAAUGUUUCUGGAAGACUUCAACAGGAGGGCAGAAGAUAUCAGCUAUGAGAGCUCCCUUGCGUCAUGGAACUACAACACCAACAUCACCGAGGAGACUGCCAGCAAAAUGGUAAGUGGUGGUCCGCAUUUUAGGUGGUCCGCAUUUUAUGAUGAGGCCUCCAGAAAUGCCAGCAGAUUCCCGUUAGCCAGCAUCCAGGAUGUUCUCACCAGGCUCCAGAUCCAGACUCUCCAGGACAGAGGAUCAUCUGUGCUGUCACCGGAAAAAUAUAGCAGACUGAGCACUGUGCUAAAUACAAUGAGUACCAUCUACAGCACCGGGACUGUCUGUAAAAUCACUGAACCAUCUGAGUGUUUGGUGCUGGAGCCAGGUCUGGACACUAUUAUGGCUAACAGCACUGAUUAUCAUGAGAGACUGUGGGCCUGGGAAGGCUGGAGAGCUGGUGUUGGCAGGAUGAUGAGACCAUUAUACGAAGAGUAUGUUGAACUUAAAAAUGAGGUUGCAAAGCUUAAUAAUUAUUCUGACUACGGAGAUUACUGGAGAGCAAAUUAUGAAGCAGACUAUCCAGAAGAAUACAAAUACAGCCGUGACCAGCUGAUUGUAGAUGUGGAAAAGACAUUUGAGCAGAUAAAACCUCUGUACCAGCAGCUGCAUGCCUACGUGAGGCACCGUCUGGAGCAGGUCUAUGGCCCCGAGCUCAUCAGCUCCACGGGAUGCCUCCCUGCUCACUUGCUGGGUGAUAUGUGGGGUAGAUUUUGGACAAAUCUAUAUUCUUUGACUGUUCCCUAUCCAGAGAAACCAAACAUUGAUGUAACUUCUGCAAUGGUUCAAAAGAAAUGGGAUGCAAUCAGAAUAUUCAAAUCUGCCGAGGCCUUCUUCACCUCUAUCGGCCUCUAUGAAAUGACUGAGGGCUUCUGGAAUAACUCCAUGCUCACAGAGCCGACCGACAACAGGAAGGUCGUCUGCCAUCCUACAGCAUGGGAUAUGGGGAAAAAUGACUACAGGAUCAAGAUGUGCACCAAAGUGACCAUGGACGACUUCCUGACCGCACACCACGAGAUGGGCCACAUCGAGUACGACAUGGCAUACUCUGUGCAGCCCUACCUGCUGAGAGAUGGCGCCAACGAGGGCUUCCACGAAGCAGUAGGUGAAAUUAUGUCACUUUCUGCAGCCACUCCUCAGCACCUGAAGUCUCUCGACCUCCUAGAGCCAACUUUCCAAGAGGAUGAAGAAACUGAAAUCAACUUUCUGCUCAAACAAGCACUAACAAUUGUUGGAACAAUGCCUUUUACUUACAUGCUGGAGAAGUGGAGGUGGAUGGUGUUUAGGGGUGUUGAAUGGACAAAGCGGUGGUGGGAGAUGAAGAGAGAAAUAGUUGGUGUUGUUGAACCCGUCCCUCAUGAUGAAACCUAUUGCGACCCUGCAGUGCUGUUUCAUGUGGCCAAUGAUUACUCAUUCAUAAGGUAUUACACCCGGACCAUCUAUCAGUUCCAGUUUCAGGAGGCACUUUGCAAGGCAGCUGGCCAUACAGGCCCUCUUCACACAUGUGAUAUUACCAACUCCACAGCAGCUGGUCAGAAUUUAAGACAACUGCUUGAAUUAGGCAGAUCCAAGCCCUGGACUCAAGCACUGGAAAGCAUAACAGGAGAGAAAUACAUGAAUGCAGCGCCCUUGCUCCACUACUUCGAGCCUCUAUAUCAGUGGCUGCAAAAAAACAAUUCUGGCAGAUACAUUGGUUGGAAAACAAGCUGGGCUCCAUAUUUUAACAAUGCCAUCAAAGUGCGCAUCAGCCUGAAGUCAGCACUGGGGGACGAGGCG